AUGUAUGGGAAUGCGAACGCUAUAGUGGCGACAGUUUUCUGUCUUAUCAUCUGUGAAUAUUCAGCUGACUCAGAUGUCGCGGCCAGCGAGGUUCGCGCGCUUAGGUGCGCGGUCGCCAAUUCCACGGUUUCCGAUGAUCUGAAAAACGUCGAAGAAUGCAGUAGCGGCGAUACCAACUCCGAUAUAUCUCCACAUUGCUACGUAGUCUUCCGGAAUAACUCUCAGACCGAUACGUUGGAGGUGACUUUCCGCGGGUGUUGGACUAACGACGCUCCGGAUUGCAUCGGGCACGCUCGACUCAGCGAGGAGAAAGCCGCCUGUCAAGCUCGUUCGAUGGGUAAUAGUUUCUUCCUGUUCUGCUGCUGCAUCGGAGACAUGUGCAACCGGGAUUUCGAGCCUCUUCCGCCAAUACCAGACACACCCCUCAAUGCUUCUUUGAACGCCGGGAGAGCUCCCGACAACGGUGCAUAUACCUAUUCCAAAACCCUGAUCUAUGUCCUGGCACCAACCAUCGGCCUCGUGGCGAUCGUGUUGCUGUCCUUUCUGGGACAGCUCAAUCGUCGCAAGUGUCUCCUCGCUCGACAAACGGUCGGCUCAGCAGAGAGAAGCUUCCCGUGCCCCGUCGGAACACCGAUGCUCCCCCUCGAGAAUGUGACGCUCAUCGAGCAGGCCGCACAGGGGAGCUCCGGAACCGUCUGGAGGGGCCAGUACAACAACUCGCCCGUGGCAGUGAAAAUUUCCCCCGCAGGCGAGCGUCAAAGUUGGCUGAAUGAAGAGAAAAUUUAUCGUUCGAAUCAUAUGCAGCACGCAAAUAUACUACGAUUCGUCGGAGUCGGACAGCAGCUCGACAGCCAAACUAACCUCAUGGAGUACUGGCUCCUGACGAGUUGGCAUGAUAUGGGUAGUCUCUACGAUUAUCUCCGUUUCAACACGGUCACCUGUUCUCAGAUCCUCCAACUCUCCGACUCGAUCGCUAAAGGGGUGAUGCAUUUACACACGGACGUGGUCGCGGGAAAAUACGACGACUACAAACCGGCCAUGGCUCACAGAGACCUAAAGUCCAGGAACAUCAUUAUGAAAAAUGAUCGGACAGCGUGCAUCGCAGACUUCGGCCUGGCUAUCGUGUUCGAGCCCGGAGCCCAGGUAGGCAACACCCACUGCCAGGUAGGGACGCGUCGCUACAUGUCACCGGAAGUAUUGGAAGGCGCCAUUUCGUUCGAUCGUGAAGCUUUCCAGAGGAUCGACAUGUACGCUGUCGCCCUCAUCCUCUGGGAGAUUCUGUCCAGGAACAGAGACUGUGACCCGUGCCCAACAUAUAGGCUUCCAUUCGAAGAAAUCGUCGGUCUGCACCCCUCGAUGGGAGACAUGCAGGAGGUCGUAGUCAACCAGAAGCAGAGGCCCUUCAUUAAAGACACGUGGCGAGGAGAGAAAAGUCUGUCAGUAUUUAUAACCACUCUGGAAGAGUGCUGGGAUUCCGAUGCCGACGCCCGGCUGAGUGCGAGUACGAUGCACGAGAGAUUGCAAUCGCUCAUCUCUCAGCAAGCCGCAGGGGUUAUCCCGAGAGAUGAACAUGAAAUGACUGACGAGAAGGGACAAUAG